CUGGACAGGGGAGGGAGUAGAGACGCGACGGAAUUAAACCUCCCACAAACACACUGACAUGAGACCAUGACAGCACGGGAAAGCGUUUCGUUUAGACCGCCAACACCUUCUGGAGACUUUAAAGCACUGGAAACAUGGACUAACGCAUCCAUCGCGUUCAUCUGAACAUGAGAGUUAAGGAUUUUUAUAUCACAGGCGCUCGCAAAGGUAGUCGGGACAGCGGAGAAAACAGACUUUGAAUGUUUUUAAUUGAUUUAUUUACACGUCUGCUGGAAAUUAAUGAAAGUUUGUAGCUAGACAUGUCAGUCCCGAGCCAUGUGGAGACGCGUAAGUUCACCCGGGGGCUCGGUAAACCGGGCACGGCGGCGGAGCUGCGGCAGAGCGUGUCGGAGGCGGUCAGGACGUCGGUUUUAGUGGUGAAGCCGCGUGUGGUGGAGCCUCUGGACUAUGAGAGUGUGCUGGUGCAGAGGAAAACUCAGAUCCUCAGCGAUGGACUCAGGGACAUGCUGCAGUUUCCUCUGGAGGAUUUUCAGGUGUGUACACUGCCACGACAGAUCCGGACGUUCUACCCCUCCAUACCUCCACACGCACUGAGAGAGGCACAGAAUCUGUUUGUGCAAGAGUGCAUCAAGUCUUACAUCUCUGAUUGGCAUGUGGUCAACUACAAAUAUGAGGAUUAUUCCGGUGACUUCCGUCAGCUUGACAACAAAGUGUCCAGACCUGAUAAUUUAGCCCAGCAUGUUUUUGAGGUGGAUGAAGAUGUGGAUAAAGAUGAGGACACGGCCUCUCUGGGCUCCCAGAAGGGUGGUCUCAUUAAACAGGGCUGGCUACAUAAGGGCAACAUGAACAGCGCCAUCAGUGUCACCAUGAGGUCAUUCAAAAGAAGGUAUUUCCACCUGACACAGCUGGGCGAUGGGUCGUAUAAUCUCAACUUCUAUAAGGAUGAGAAGAUCAACAAAGAGCCCAAAGGAACCAUCUUCCUGGACUCCUGUAUGGGAGUGGUGCAGAACAAUCGUGUGCGGAGGUUUGCAUUCGAGCUGAAGAUGCAAGAUAAGAGUGGCUAUGUUCUGGCCGCUGACUCUGAGAGCGAGAUGGACGACUGGAUCAGCACCCUCAACAAAAUCCUCAACAGCAGCUUUGAGCUCGCCAUGCACGACAAGAGGAACGGAGACUUACACGAUGAUGAUGAACAGGCAAAAAGCGAUCACUCCUCUAGCAGUAUGGACAGUUUUCAGAGUGCCAGAGACAUCGAGAGCAAGAUGAGAAAUGAGACACGGCUAAAACUCUUUACACUGGACCCAGACUUACAGAAACUGGAUUUCUCCGGGAUCGAGCCAGAUGUGAAGCCCUUUGAGGAAAAGUUUGGAAAGCGAAUCUUGGUGAACUGUAACGACCUGUCCUUCAACCUGCAGAGCUGUGUAGCGGAAAAUGAAGAAGGGCCAACCACUAACGUCGAGCCUUUCUUCGUCUCUCUGUCAUUGUUUGAUAUUCAAAGUGGACGCAAGAUCUCCUCAGACUUCAAUGUGGAUAUGAACCAUCCGUCUGUGAAAGCGCUGCUGCCCCCGUCAGGAGCUCACAACAGCACCGCAGCGCCAGACAGUCCACAAGCAGCUCAACCGACAGCCAACAGCCUGACAGAGAGCGCCAUUCAGUUUCCACGACAGGGAGUGUUUUCUGUGACCUGUCCGCAGCCUGACAUCUUCUUGGUCGCUCGGAUAGAGAAGGUCUUACAGGGUGGAAUAGCACAUUGUGCCGAGCCUUAUAUGAGGAACUCAGACUCUGCUAAGGCUGCUCAGAAGGUUUUAAAGAACGCUAAGAUGGCCUGCAGCCGGCUGGGUCAGUACCGAAUGCCGUUUGCAUGGGCCGCUAGGCCGCUGUUUAAGGACGCCUCUGGGACGGUGGACAAGAGCGCUCGAUUCUCGGCUCUCUACCGACAGGACGGCAACAAGCUCUCCAACGAGGACAUGUUCAGACUGCUGGCAGACUUCAGGAAGCCAGAAAAGAUGGCCAAGUUGCCUGUGAUUCUGGGUAAUUUGGAUGUUACGGUCGAUAACGUCGCACCAGAUCUCACUAAUUGUGUCACGCCCUCCUAUCUUCCUCUUCGUCAGAAGGAAGUCGCAGCAGACUGGAGCAGGAUGGUGUUUGAGGUGGAGGAGUUUGUGCCGUCUAUCGCUAAAUGCUCCCAGCCUUUCACAAUUUACAACAAUCACCUGUAUGUGUAUCCACGCCAUCUCAAAUACGACAGCCAGAAGAGCUUCACCAAGGCCAGAAAUAUUGCUCUGUGUCUUGAAUUCAGAGAUUCGGAUGAAGAGGACGCUCUCCCACUGAAGUGUAUUUACGGGCGUCCAGGAGGGUCUAUGUUCUGUAAGAAAGCAUUUGCUCCCAUCUUACACCACCAGCAGAACCCAGAGUUUUAUGAAGAGUUUAAGAUAGAGUUGCCGGCUCAGCUGACGGACAGACAUCAUCUUCUGUUCACUCUCUAUCACAUCAGCUGUGACAGCAACAGCAAAGCCAGCACUAAGAGACGAGAACAGGUGGAGACACAAGUGGGUUAUGCGUGGCUCCCCUUGCUGAAGGAUGGCAGAGUCAUCAUGAAUGAACAGCAGGUGGCAGUGGCUGCAAACCUGCCUUCAGGUUACCUGAGUUACCAGGACAACAGCAGCAAGCACACUGGUCAAGAGGUGAAGUGGGUGGAUGGUGGGAGGCCGCUCCUCAAAGUCUCCACACAGCUGGUGUCCACUGUAUACACACAGGAUCAACAUCUGCAUAACUUCUUUCAUCACUGCCAGAGUAUUGAAUCCACAGGCCAGUCAGGAGGAGAACUGAUCAAAUACCUGAAGAGUCUGCAUGCCAUGGAGGCUCAUGUGAUGGUGAAGUUCCUCCCCACCAUACUGAACCAGCUGUUUCGUGUGCUCACCAUCUCCGGUCAGGAUGAUGUUGCUGUGAACGUCACCAGGGUGAUGAUUCAUGUCGUGGCUCAGUGUCAUGAGGAGGGUCUGGAGCAUCAUCUGCGUUCUUAUGUAAAGUACGUUUUGAAGGCUGAGACUAACUUAACCAAUGGUAAAACUGUCCAUGAGGACCUGGCAAAAGCCAUGACCACCAUCCUGAAACCCUCGACGGACUUCCUCACCAGCAACAAACUGCUGAAGUACUCCUGGUAUUUCUUUGAGGUUUUAGUCAAGUCUAUGGCUCAGUACCUGAUUGAGACAGGCAAGGCCAAGGUGUCUAGGAACCAGCGUUUCUCAGCUUCAUUCUAUCACUCUGUGGAGACCUUAGUGACAAUGCUGAUGCCUCAUAUAACACAGAAAUACAAAGACAACCUGGACGCGACACGAAACGCCAAUCACAGCCUUGCUGUCUUCAUCAAGCGCUGUUUUACCUUCAUGGACAGAGGGUUUGUCUUCAAGCAGAUCAACAACUACGUCAACUGCUUCAUGCCCGGAGACACAAAAACGCUGUAUGAGUUUAAGUUUGAGUUUCUGAAGGUGGUCUGUAAUCAUGAGCACUACGUUCCUCUCAAUCUGCCCAUGCCGUUCGGGAAGGGCCGAAUCCAGCGCUUUCAAGAUCUUCAGCUGGACUACUCUUUAACGGAUGAUUUCUGUAAGAAUCACUUUCUGGUGGGGCUGUUGCUAAGGGAGGUGGGCGGAGCUGUGCAGGAGUUCAGAGACAUCCGUCAGAUCGCUGUACAGGUGCUGAAGAACCUGAUGAUCAAACAUGCCUUUGAUGAUCGUUACUCCUCCAAGGGUCAGCAGGCUCGCUUGGCUACGCUUUACCUGCCUCUUUUCAGUCUGCUGCUGGAAAACGUCCACAGGCUCAACAUCAAAGAUGUGCUGCCUGUCACCAACCAGACUAACAUUAAUGGCCGUGAUGAUCAUGUCAUGAUGACACCUACAAAAAAUAUGGCCAGUCCAGUGGACAGCAGCCUGCAUAAAGAGGUGUUUGGAGUGAUUUCAGGAACAGCCUCUCCUCACACUCCGACCGUGAGCUCUGUACGGCACAAUGACUCACGCAGCUCUCUUAUCGGCACGGACUCUGGAAGCGGCCUAUCAGAGCGCAGCAUUGACAAGCCACACCCCCUAGACAAGUGUCAUGUCGCUGGGGUUCUGGGCAGCUCUUUGCUCCGCUGUGAUAAACUGGACCAAUCUGAAGUGAAGAACAUAUUAAUGUGCUUUCUGCACGUGUUAAAGAGCAUGUCUGAAGAUGCUCUGUUCAACUACUGGAAUAAAGCUUCACCCACAGACCUGAUGAACUUCUUCAGUCUGCUAGAAGUGUGUCUUCAUCAGUUCAGAUACAUGGGAAAGAGACACAUUACAAGGACUCUGGAGGGGUCAGGGCCGGUGGUUCACGAGCGCCGCUCUCAGACUCUUCCUGUGUCCCGCAGCAGGACAGGAGCUCUACAUAUGAGACUGCAGCAGCUCAACAGCCUGGACAACUCCUACACCUACAACCACAAUUACAGUCAUUCAGAUGCUGAUGUGUUGAAUCAGUCUCUGUUGGAAGGAAAUAUUGCCACAGAAGUUUGUCUAACAGUUCUGGACACACUGAGCAUCUUUAUCAUGGGCUUUAAGACUCAGCUGAGUUUGGAUCACGGCCACAAUCCCCUCAUGAAGAAAGUCUUUCAGGUUCAUCUCUGCUUCCUACAAAUCAACCAAUCAGAGACGGCCCUCAAACAGGUCUUCACUUCUCUUCGCACUUUCAUCUACAAGGUGAGUGUGACAAUAGAAACACAGUCACUCGUCCCCUUCCUUCUCCCACAGAACACAGCAUUCCCAUCUGAGGUGAAAGACUUGACCAAGAAGAUCCGCACUGUUCUGAUGGCCACGGCUCAGAUGAAGGAGCACGAGAGAGACCCCGAGAUGCUGGUGGACCUGCAGUACAGUCUGGCCAAAUCUUACGCCAGCACUCCUGAACUCCGCAAGACGUGGCUGGAUAGCAUGGCCCGUAUCCAUGUGAAGAAUGGAGACCUCUCUGAGGCAGCCAUGUGUUAUGUGCACGUAGCAGCGCUGGUGGCCGAGUACUUGAGGAGGAAAGGCACGUUUAAACAGGGCUGUACUGCAUUCAGAGUGGUCACACCAAACAUCGAUGAAGAAGCGUCCAUGAUGGAAGAUGUGGGGAUGCAGGAUGUUCACUUUAAUGAGGACGUCCUGAUGGAGCUUUUGGAAGAAUGUGCUGAUGGUUUAUGGAAAGCAGAGCGUUAUGAGCUCAUCUCUGACAUCUACAAACUCAUCAUUCCCAUUUAUGAGAAACGCAGAGAUUUUGAGAGACUGGCUCACCUCUAUGACACCCUGCACCGUGCCUACAGUAAGGUCACAGAGGUCAUGCACACGGGCAAGCGCUUGCUGGGAACGUAUUUCAGAGUAGCGUUCUUCGGUCAGGCAGCGGGGUUCUUCGAGGAUGAAGAUGGUAAAGAAUACAUAUAUAAGGAGCCCAAAUUCACCCCACUGUCUGAGAUCUCUCAAAGACUCCUUAAACUGUAUUCAGACAAGUUUGGAGCUGAGAAUGUCAAAAUGAUCCAGGAUUCUGGCAAGAUUAAUCCAAAAGAUCUGGACUCUAAAUACGCCUACAUCCAAGUGACUCAUGUCACCCCGUUCCUGGAGGAGAAGGAGCUGCUGGAGAGAAAAACAGACUUUGAGAGGAGCCACAACAUCCGUCGAUUCGUCUUUGAGAUGCCAUUCACCGUUUCAGGCAAAAAACAAGGUGGCGUGGAGGAACAGUGCAAACGCAGGACUAUCCUCACCGCCACACACUGUUUCCCGUAUGUGAAGAAGCGGAUCGCGGUGAUGUAUCAGCACCAUGUGGAUUUGAACCCCAUUGAGGUGGCUAUUGAUGAGAUGAGUAAGAAGGUGCUGGAGAUCAGACAGCUGUGUUCCUGCAGCGAUGUGGACAUGAUCCAGCUGCAGCUCAAACUACAGGGCAGCAUCAGUGUGCAGGUAAAUGCCGGGCCUCUUGCUUAUGCCAGAGCUUUCCUGGAUGACGCCAGCACUAAGAAAUACCCAGACAACAAAGUCAAACAGCUGAAAGAAGUUUUCUGGCAGUUUGUGGAGGCGUGUGGUCUUGGUUUAGGUGUUAAUGAGCGUCUGAUUAAAGAAGAUCAGCAGGAGUAUCAUGACGAGAUGAAGGCCAACUACAGAGAUCUCACUAAAGAGCUGUCUGCCAUUAUGCAUGAGCCUAUCAGUCCAGUGGAUGAUGGGAUGCGCAGUCCUCUUCCAGAUUCGCUGCACAUCUUCAAUGCCAUCAGCGGGACGCCCACUGCCGCCACUCUCCAGGGCCUGCCAAACUCCUCCUCAGUGGUGUGAACCUGACCCCUGCAGUGACCUUAUGACCUUUCGCCUUUCAUUUCACACCUCUCCCAGACCUCAUGAAAGGGGAUCUGUAUGUUCCUGCCUCAUCCAGGGGAUUUCACCUGCUGUUUCCUGUGGAGACUUAAUCAAAAACUCUAUUUUAUUUUGGCCAUUUGGCCAGUUUUAUUAAUAGCCGUAGUGAAGAGAGGGAGAAUGGGUCUGAAAAUGAUGCAAGCCAAAUUCAAUCUUGUAAGCACUGCAUUCAACGUGUGCUAACAUCCAGACUCUGACUCCAACGGUUUUUACAUAUUAUACAUAUCUGCAUCCUCUGCAUUAUUCUAUAUUGUUUUAUUUUGUAUUACUUGUUCAAGCUCAGAUUUUCAGUUUUUGACGUCUACUUGUUUUGCUGGCUCGCUGUCUGAGAGGCGUCUGACGUUGCCAUCGAGUUCAAACCGCCGUCAGCAUCAGACGGGUUUAAAGCUGUCAUAUGUGAGCCAUGAGUCCGUGAGUGUGUUUGUGCAGCAGACGCACAUUGAGUGGGCGUGGCAUUCGUGUGAGGAGGUCAGCGCUUUCACUGCAUGUGAUACACUGGAGGUGAGGCGGAGCUUGUGCAGACACAAAUGCUAAUGUUCAACAUUAUUAUCAAUUAUCAAAUAUUUUUAUACUGUGGGACAGCUGAAUGUGAUAUUGUUUUUUAUCUGUAUUUAACAGUCUCUACUCUGCUGUAUUUAAACUGGUAUUGUCCCUAAUGCUUUGAAUAAAAUCUCAUACA